AUGCCGGUAUACGUCGUCACUGGCUGCAGCGGCGGCCUCGGCCUCGGCCUGGUCAAGGCGCUGGCGGCACGCGGCGACAAGGUGUACGCGACCGUGCGCAAGCGUGCGACGACCGCGACCGGUGAGGACCAAAUCAGCAAUGUCCAAGGCGACAUCACUGUCAUCGAGGACAUCGACGUGGCGAAAGACGACGUGGGAGCCAAGCUCUCGGCCGCUCUCGCCGGCGUCAAGAUCGACGUGGUGAUCCACAACGCUGGCGGCAUCGCGAAUCGAGACGGGCCAGACGCUCCAACGGGCGCCGCAGCCUUUGCCGAUGGCGGCGGCGGGCCGAUGGGUGCGAAGCCCGACAACCUGAAGGCGGUCACGACCGAGCGGAUGCUGGCGUCCUUUCAGGUAAAUACGCUGGGCCCGUUGCGCGUGCAGAAGGCGCUCACCGAGCAGAUGGGCGCUGGAGGCAAGGUCCUGAUCAUCAGCACCGGGAUGGGCUCGAUCGGCGACAACAACUCGGGCGGGCUGUACGCUUACCGCACCGCCAAGGCUAUCGGCAGUGGCGGUGGUGCCAGGAUGGCCGCCGCCGGCGUCAACAUGGUGAUGCGCAACAUGGCUCUCGACCUCAAGACGAGCGAGAUCGCCGUCAUGUCGGUCAACCCGGGCAUGGUGCUCACCGACUUUGGGCCUGGCGCGGAGAUGAUGGCCAAGUUUGGGAGCAUGCCGGUGGAGGAGUCGGUGGCGCAGCUGCUCGCGAUCUGCGACGACGUGUGCACGAUGGAAAACACGGGCAAGUUCUGGACGGUGAAGCGGGGCGCCGCGCCGAUGGAGUUUGCGGGAGGCUUCUAG